AUGGCGGCAGUUAUCAACCGAAGUGUGACUUCGCUCCACAACGAGCUGGAGUUUCUGUUUGAGUCCGAGGUGAUUUCCCAGGCUCUUUAUGACGAUAUUUGCAACAAGAUCCCUCGAAAGCUGACACCUGGUCAGAAGCUGGACUUGCCUGGUUCUCAAGUUGUUGGCAUUGCCGAGGUGACUGAGCGGGUUGCAGCUGUUCAAAUCACCCCUGCUGCCCCCUCCCCUCCCGUUGCUGUUCAUCCUGCCUCUGCUGGUUCAGGUGGCAAGGUGGAGGCUCUCUAUGACUACGUCGCACAGGACCCCACCGACCUGGCUCUUGUCAAGGGCGACCAGAUUGACAUCAUCGAGAAGCUGAACAACGACUGGUGGAAGGGCCGAGGCCCCAGUGGCAAGGAGGGAAUCUUCCCUGCCAACUACGUCAAGGAACUGUCUGAUACUCCCUACAUGGCUCCUCCUCCCGUGAGCCGAUCCCAGAGCACUGUAUCGUCUGUGGCUGCGGCAAGCUCCACCACCACUCUUCCCACGGUGUCCUCUUUGGCCGUGAACGAGGAGAAGUCCGAGAAGUCGGCCUACCCUUCUUACAAGCAGCCGGACUACGCCGCUCCCGCCGCCCAUUACAACCCUCCUCCUCCCACACAGUACAACCCCCCUCCCCCAGAGCAGUAUGGCUACCAGGCCCCACCUCCCCCGGGAUACCAGGGAGGGUACCAACCUCCUCCUCCCCAAGGCUACCAGGGCCAGCAGCAGCAGCAAUACUACCAGCCCCCUCCUCCGCAGACUGUGGUUGUGGAGCAGGGCCAGCAGCAUCAGGGUGGCGGAGGCCAUCUCAAGAGCAUUGGUUCAAAGUUUGGAAACGCAGCCAUCUUUGGUGCUGGAGCUACCCUUGGUGGAGACCUCAUCAAUUCUAUCUUUUAA